AUCUAAAAAUGAGGCAUAGGAAAUGUGGAGAAAGCAAGUUUCAGGAAAUCAAAGAUCACAACUCCAGAUCUUGAUAACCAAUUUGUAUUUUGGCCUGGAGGGCACAAAUUAUGCCCAUCAGUUAUAUAAGGUGACUUUUCAAUUUGCACACAAGUAGACAUAGUUCAUACGCACACACAUGCCCAUACACACACACUUUAAACCCAGUAUACACCUCACUCCUCUACCAUGUGAGCACAGCAAGACCAUAAAAAGCAUUGCAAAGAUUGCUAACUACAUGGAACAUUUUUAUGAUGGCACAAACAAAUAAAUGGCAUUUAAUGAGAUGUAAUAUGAAUUUUAAAAGGAUAUAUAAACAAUUUCCAAUACAUAGGAGCAAAAUCUGUGGGAAUAUUAUUUUCGUUAUUUGUAAUCAGUUGUAUCUGUAAUUACUGAGUGGCCAAAUUUUCUCUGCCUUUCCAUAUUCUACCAAAAAGACAAUGCUUCCUAUGAAGAUUUUUUGAACCAAGCAUUUUAUCCUAUUGGCACAUGGAAAUAGUGCCCUUACUUAGUAACCUGGAGUUAUGCCUCUUUUAUGAGGCAUAAAACUCUUCUCAGCAAACAAACAACACUAAUGAAUGUUCAUAUGAAAACCCACACCAACCAUGAUAAAUAGAACAUCCGGUACAUUCUGUAAAUACCCAUUUUGCGGGCUGUAUAAAAGUCUCAGGAGGGAAAGAGACUUUGGGAGCCUGUCAGCUAGAGUUUUGCAACUAGUCUGUGUUCUUUGCUUCUAACAGGAUGACUUCUGAAUGUUCCUCCACGUGCUGCUCUUCUGAAUCCUGUGCCAGGGCUUCUGAAUGUGCGUUUGCUUCAACCCGCUCCGUGGAAACCACUUGCCUCCCCAACACCCCCGCUACAUCCAGAUGUCAGACUCCCAGCUUCCUAUCCAGGUCUCGCUUGCCAACUGGUUGCCUCACACCAUGCUACUUUGCUGGGAAUUGUAAUACUCUGUGCUUGGUGGGGAACUGUGCUUGGUGUGAGGAUGGAGUGUUCAACAGCAGCGAGGAGACGAUGCAGUUCCUGAAUGACAGACUCGCCAACUAUCUGGAGAAGGUGCGUGGCCUGGAGGAGAUGAAUGCAGAGCUGGAAUGCAGGAUCCGAGAACAAUGUGAAGAGGAUAUCCCACUGGUGUGCCUCAAUUAUCAGCGUUACUUCAACACCAUCGAAGAGCUCCAGCAAAAGAUCUUGUGCACGAAGGCAGAGAAUUCUAGACUUGCUGUACAGCUUGACAACUGCAAACUGGCUGCCGAUGACUUUAGGUCAAAGUACGAGUCGGAACUGUCUCUUCACCAGCUGGUAGAGACAGACAUUGGCGGCCUGCGUGGGAUCCUGCAUGAGCUGACUCUGUGCAAAGCUGAUCUGGAGGCCCAUGUGGAAUCUCUGAAGGAAGAUCUCCUUUGCCUUAAGAAAAACCACCAAGAGGAGGUCAACUUGCUUCAUGGACAGCUGGGUGACCAACUCAGUGUGGAGCUAGACACUGCCCCCACCAUCGACCUCAACAGGGUCCUGGACGAGAUGCGUUGUCAGUAUGAAACAGUGCUCGCCAACAACCACAGAGACGUGGAAGAAUCAUUCGCUGUUCAGACCGAGGAGCUGAAUCAGCAGCAGCUGUGCAUCGCGAAGCAGCUGCAGGGCUGCCAGACAGAGAUCCUGGAACUGAAACGCACAGCCAAUGCUCUGGAAAUUGAGCUCCAAGCACAGCAAAGCCUGACAGAAUCUCUGGAAUGCACCGUGGCGGAGACGGAGGCCCAGUACAGCACCCAGCUGGCCCAGAUGCAGUGCCUGAUUGAUCACGUGGAGGCCCAGCUGGCUGAGAUCAGGUGUGACCUGGAGCGGCAGAACCAGGAGUGCGAGCUCCUGCUCGACACAAAAGCCCAGCUGGAGUGUGAGAUCAACACGUACCGGGGUCUCCUUGAGAGUGAGGACAGCAGGCUUCCCUGUAACCCGUGUCCUGCCGUAAGCACAUCAAGCAACACGUGUGAGCCAUGCUCGGCGUAUGUGAUUUGCACGGUCGAAAGCUGCUGUACGUGAAUGCUAAACCCCCCGCACGGCAGACGGAGGAAUCAAAGCCACAGUGUCCUGGAAAGGAGAUGGGGCUUCAAUCAGAGACAUCCAAGCCUGAAAGUCAAGAAGGCGUUUCUACCCUAAAAUUGACCUCCAAACAUCCUCACUUUAUUUCUGCUUUAUCAUUUCCUCUCCCGACUGCUUAUUUGUGACAUGCUAGGAGUCUAUAAAACUUUCUUGCUAAUCUCCGAAUAAAAUGUGUUUCAUUCCUUUAGCAUGGUAAAUAUAGCUUUGUGGCUUAGAACUGUGGAUAUAAUAACAUGUGAUGCCAAGGUAAUGGCCUAAACCCGUGGCGAUAGUUUGAUUUUGCACAAACUGAAGCUGAAAAUAGUUUUUAACUCCUCAAAUACAAAUAGAUUAAUCCAUGCAAAAUGUCAUGUAUCUUGGAAGACAGUUGUAUGUAUCUUUCUGAGAGGAAAUUUAGGAAUAAAUAUUAUUU